GGUUCGGCGCCCGCCCGCCCGCCCCGGGCCGCGCCAUGAAGAGCCUCAAGUCCCGCUUGAAGAAGCACGAAGCGGUCAUCGCAGGCAGCACGCUGAACACAGACUGGAACAAGUAUGACGACAGGUUGAUGAAAGCAGCAGAAAGAGGUGAUGUGGAGAAGGUUUCAUCCAUCCUUGCUAAGAAAGGAGUCAGUCCUACCAAACUGGAUGUGGAAGGGAGAUCUGCAUUCCACGUUGUGGCCUCAAAAGGAAACCUGGAUUGCUUGAACACCUUCCUGAUUCAUGGAGCUGAUAUCACAGCCACUGAUGCUGCAGGCAGAAACGCGUUGCACCUAGCGGCGAAGUAUGGGCACGCCUUGUGUCUGCAAAAGCUGCUGCAGUACAACUGUCCAACAGAGAAUGUGGAUCUUCAAGGAAGGACUGCACUUCAUGAUGCAGCUAUGUCAGACUGUUCCUCCAGCAUACAACUGCUCUGUGAUCACGGGGCCUCGGUGAACUCAAAAGAUGGAGAUGGGAGGACGCCACUAGUGCUGGCCACUCAGAUGUGUCGUCCCAUGGUUUGUCAGCUGCUGAUAGACAGAGGAGCAGAUGUUAAUGCUAGGGACAAACAAAACAGGACUGCCUUAAUGCUAGGCUGUGAAUACGGCUGCAAGGAUGCGGUAGAAGUUUUGCUCAGGAAUGGUGCUGAUGUUAGUUUGACUGAUGGCCUUGGUCAUGACUGUGCUUACUAUGCCCGAAUUGGUGACAAUAUUGACAUUUUGGCUUUAAUAAAAGCUGCCCUUGAGGAUUCCAGCAAAGCAAGAGACAGCAUGAAGAGAGGGCAGCCUGAACAAAAGGUUACUAAUAUGUCACAGAAGUGGAACCGGCUGCACACUCAGGAGGAGGUGAAUGUCAAGCUCUAUCAGAAGGAUCAUAAUGCUCAGGAAUUGGAGUUAGAAAAUCAAGAUUUGAAAGAUCGGAUGAGAGAAGUGCAAGAGGAGCAAAGGAUGCUGCUGGAUAGAAUCAGUGGGCUACAGCUCCAGCUCAACGAGGAGCAAUUGUUUGCAGAUGAUCUUGAAAAUGAGAAGGAUGAGUUGAAGAAAAUCCUCAGCACCAAGGAGAAACAGCAGGAGGAAAGCUUAAGAACUAUUGAAGCUCUCAAAGCUAAACUCAAGUAUUACGAAGUACGUUCAGAGGUUGACUUGAUGGGAUCUGGAAGUAACUUUGGGAACAGGAAAGAAGAUUUGCUGCUUAAACAAGGUCAAGUGUUCGCAGUGGAGUCUCAGUCUAGGUCUAUGCUGAGACCCCUGGAGCUCUCCCUGCCCACCCAAUCAUCCACAUCAGAAAAGGAGACUUUAAAGAAGGAGCUUGACAACAUGAGGACCUGCUAUGGUGCAGCAAAGGAAGAAAUCAGCAAAUUGCAGAGAGAGCUGUCUCACAAGGUGUCAGAGUGUAAAGCUUUGGCAUCAGAGUGUGAAAGAACCAAGGCGGAAUCUGACGGACAGAUAAAACAGCUGGAAGAUGCUUUAAAGGAUGUGCAGAAAAGAAUGUUUGACUCUGAAGGCAAAGUUAAGCAAAUGCAGACCCACUUUCUGGCUCUGAAAGAUCACCUGACUAGCGAGGCUGCUGCAGGAAACAGUAAGCUAACGGAGGAGCUGAAGGAUCAGUUGAAAGAAAUGAAAACCAAGUACGAAGGAGCCUCUGCUGAGGUGGGAAAACUAAGGAACCAGAUUAAGCAGAACGAAUUGCUGGUGGCAGAAUUCAAGAGAGAUGAAGGGAGGCUCGUGGAGGAGAAUAAAAGGUUGCAGAAGGAACUUGGGAAGGUGGAGAUGGAGCGAGAUAAAAGGGGAAGAAAUGUGGUGGAGUUGGAAGGGCAGCUCAAAGAAGCAGCAGCGACGUUAGCCCGCUCUGUGACUUCAGAGAGGUUUGAAGACAUGAAGAGCUCGCUGUCAAACGAGCUGAAUGAGAAAGCAAGGAAGUUGGCAGAGGUGGAAGGAGAGUGUGGGAAACUGCAGGCAGAGGUCCUGCUUUUAAGGAAGGAAUCUGAGAGUCAGAAAGCCAAACUUGCUCAGCACAUCAAGCCAGAGGACCAUGAGCAGAUGAGGAGCAGGUUUGAGCAGGAGAAUGAGGAACUCAGGAAGAUGAUUUCUGAAUUGUCUCAGAAGAAUCAGACUCUACAGAAGGAACUUGAAAGAUUGCAGAUGGAUAACAAGGUGCUGAAGCAGCAAACCCAAAUGCUAAAAACUGAAAUAAAAAGCCAGAAUGUGCCUUUAAAAAUACAUGAGGAGCUGAAGAAAACAAACGAUCAGGCUGUUGGUGACCUGACCAAGAAGCUUUUUGACAUCACAAAGAAGUACAACGAAAGCAAAGCGGAGGCUGAGAAGCUGCUGGUGGAGAAGAAUGACUUAAAUGAGGCCAUCAGCCACUUCCAGGCUGUGUACCUGUCACCUGAGCAGCACAAAAAAGAAGUGGAAGCUUUAAAAUCUGAUGGUAUUGAGCUUGAAAAGCAACUUGCUGAGCUCCAGAAGAAAUAUGACGAGGAACAGGCACGAGUGGGCAGGUUGGUGUCUGAAAACGCAGCCAUGAGAGAGGCUGUCCGUGAUCAGUACGUGCUGGCUGCCACACACGAGGAGGUUAAAGCAGUCCUGAACAGCACUCUGGAAAAGAGUAACAGGGAGCUGGCAGAGCUGAAGGGAAAAGCUGAGGAGAUAAAGCAAGAAUUCCUGAGAGUCAGUGAGGAAAAUGGGACUCUGAAAAAUCAGGUGAAACUCCUGGAGAAUCAGCUGCAGACGGAGUUUAUAAGUGUGAAAGAUCAUGAAGGCACCACGGCUGCCUUAAAGAAGAGUGUGCAGGAGCUUCAGGAGAGCAAUGCUGCUGUGAUGGCUGAAUAUAAGAGGGGCCAGGAAGAAAUUUUGCAGUUGCAUGCAGAAAUUGAAGCCCAGAAGAAGGAACUUGACAUGAUUCAAGAAUGCAUUAAGUCAAAAUAUGCCCCGCUCGCCUCCUUUGAAGACAGAGAACAAAGCUUUGAAGCCACGGUGAAAGAACUGAAGGUGCAGUUGCAGGAACAGGCACAGAAGUGCAGGGAGAGCCAGGAGGAAAACCAGAAGUUCAAAGUGGAGAAUGAAAAGCUCAGAAAGGGUAUUUUGUCCAUCCAAACCGACUUGCAGCAGAACUACAUCCUUGCUGAGAAAUCCCGUGAGGUGGAAAAAAUGUUUGCCAGCAAAAUGGAGGAGCUGAAUAAGCAGCUGAGGGAACUGCUGCAGAAAUACACAGGUGACAGAGAAGAGAAACUUGAGCUCCAAGAGGGCACUGAGCAGCUUCUGCAGGCUCAGCAGCUUUCAGCAGAGCAAAUUGAAGCCUUAAAGAAGACUCUUGGUCACACUGUGGAGGAGCUGAAGGAAGCCCUCAGAAGCAGGAAGGAAUGCUAUGAGAAAGAAACACUGAAAGUAGGAGAAUUGCAGCAGGAAUUGUCAGGUCUGAAGAAGUCUUCAGUGCCUUUGCUGGAAUAUACACAAAUGAAGGAACAGCUUGAACAAGAAAUUGUAGCCAUCAAAACCAGCUUGAGGGAAAAGGAAGAGGAAAGCCAGGUUAAAAAUGAGGAAAUCUUGAAGCUGCAGUCUGAGAUGCAGCUUACUCAGCAAGCUUUAGCAGAACUGGAGAGCAAAGAAGUGGUUGACCUGUCUGAGUACAACUCCAUGAAGAGCUCUCUGGAGGCCCAGCUUAGCAGUGUAGCUGAGAGCUUGGCCAGUGUGAACAAAAAGUAUCAGGAAGCACGUGAGGAGGCUUUGCAAGCUAAAAGGAGUGAGCUCUCCUUGAAGGACGAGAAGGAGUUGCUUCAGCUAAGGAGCUGCAGCAUUGAGCAGGAAAUUAAAGACCAGAAGGAAAGGUGUGAUAAAUCCCUGAGCACAAUUAUUGACUUGCAGAAGAGAAUUCAGGAGUCUGCAAAGCAGGUGGAAGCCAAGGAUAACAAGAUAACAGAGCUGCUGAAUGAUGUCGAGCGGUUAAAACAAGCUCUGAAUGGCUUGUCCCAACUUACCUACACCACUGGCAUCCCCUCCAAGAGGCAGAACCAGCAGGUUGAAAUGCUGCAGAACCAAGUGAAAACUCUGCAGCAGCAGCUGGCUGACGCUAAAAGGCAGCAUCAAGAGGUCGUUUCAGUUUACCGGACACAUCUCCUUAGUGCUGUACAGGGUCACAUGGAUGAAGAUGUCCAAGCUGCUCUGCUGCAGAUCAUUCGAAUGAGACAAGGACUUGUUUGCUGAGGUGCUGUAGUGCCCAUUGCUCUUGAAGGCUGCUGCAUCUUGGAGUGCUGUGAUGAUGAUGGUAGUAGUGCUAACCUUCAGGAGAUGUAUCCAAUUCUAGUAAUGUAGCUGCAAGUAGAACCUCCAAAGCUGAAGUAUUCUCUCCUUGUCAAACACUACAACAGGGCUGCUAACUUUCAGGUCUCGACACUACAACGAAGGAUGUAGGAGCAUCUUCACAAGCUGGCUGUCAAAAUGAUGACAUGGUAGAUAAAUUAUUGUGAUGUCUGAUUGACCAAUUGAGGAAAGCAAGGCCUGGAGACUCCAGGUUUAUGAACUCUAAUGCUAUGCUUAUAAAAUAAACUGUUCAGAUGAGCUUGGCUAAGUAUAGUAGCUGUAUAUCUCCUUUCCAUCAUGAAGAGGAGGUGGCUGUUCUGUCACAGAAGCUGAUGAAGACUGCCUGAAGUGUACUUUAGGAAGCCAGCUGCAAAGGGUAGAGGAGAGCUAUUUCAGGGGGAGUGUUGUGACUUGGCUGGCCAAGUUACAGGCUUUAUUUAAGUACAAGCUUCAGCUGUAGUGCCUUUGCUUUAUUUUUUUGCAAGACUUAAAUCAGGUUUUCCAUCAAAACACUCAUUUUGUUUGCUCCCUUUCUCCCUCCUCCAGAUUUUCUGGUGGUGGUGGUGGUUGUUGUUGUUGUUGUUUCAGGAAUGGUUUAUUAUAUCAAUGAAAUGGUGAGGCUGGAGUGUCACAGCUUGUAGAGCAGCAGCUUUGCUCUAAAUUCAACAGUCCUGCUUCUCAUUUCAUUCUUCAUUAAGCCUCAUAUGGGUGCAGAGUGAGCAGUUCGUUAAACUGGACACUAAAUGAUUCAGGUAUUGGAUUUUUCCAACACCUCUCUCAUGGAAGUGGAAGGCAUUUUCCACUUAACUGGAAUUUAUGCACUAUAACCUCGAGAUGCAAAUGGUAAAGAUGAAUGAAAAGGAAGGUUUUUAUUUGCCUGGGGUCUACCUGGGCUCAUACAAGAUAGGAAUUGAGUAGUAACUGAAGCGAGAUGAUCCCAUAAAUAUGUUUUAUGGAAGGGGGGGGGGGAAAGGAUAUUAGGAACUAAUCAAAGGAAGUAAUUGAGAAAUGAGCUUGCUAAUGGAUGUGGCUGUUGGAAUAAAGCAAAGUGCUCUCAGUAGCUGUGUUAACUUCAGCCUGCUUGGUUGAAAGCUUCUAACUGGCACCUAGAAAUCUGGCAUCAAACUUCUCAUUCUAAGGGCUUAAGUCAAGGAGCAGCCUUGGGAAGCUCACUGUUAGCUGGGCUUGCCAACAAGCUGCACCUCACAGCCUUAGGUCUCCUUUAGGUUAUUUUUUUUCCAGUGGUGUUCUGUUUGUUUUCUGUGUUUUGUUUUUUUAAUCCCCAUUUGGGGAUUAAAGAAGUCUUUUAGAGUUGAAGAGGAGCCAACUGCCACACGGAGCAGGCUCCAGACCUAGUGCUGAAUGUGCAGGGGCAGGUUUUACCCUAGAAAUACACUUUAAUAUAUGACUUAAAUGUGUCUGUCCUUCCACAGAUCUCCUGCUGCUUUCCUUUUUCAUAUCUUAGAGGGCUAUUCCAGGAACCAUCUCAGAAGAUAUAUGUUACUGUUUUUAGCCAAAUGCUUCUCAUGAUUGCAUUACUUGAAGCUCUUAUUUAGAGAACAUUUGUUUUGAUAGACUAAGUCUGGCAGGUUUUGCUGUUGUAAUGUGUCCUUACAUCAGGGAGUUCCAUGUUUUCUUCUCUUGCUCCCUUAUUACAGUACCAAUAAAAUGUGGUGGGUUUUCUUCCCCCUUCCUCUUUUUUUU